GCCUGGGAGCAAGGCCCCUCCCCAGAGACAGAUGUCCCCAGAGGCCUCUCUCACCGGAUCACCCCCACCCCAGCUCCACCAUGCACCCCCAGCUCCUGCCCCUGGCCCUCGCCCUCCUGGCAGCGGUGCCCCCAGGGGCUCAGGCAGGCCCAGAGGUGAGGAAAGAAGCCGGCUCGACUGUGGAACUUCCCUGCAACCUGACGGGGCCGAGCCUGAGUUGGCGGUGGAUCCCGCGCUACCCGGUCUGCGCUGGUGUUAGCGGUGGGAUACAGACGAUCUACACAGCGAUUGUAGGUGGGGCAGGGAAUAGCCUGCUGGAGAGAUUUAGGAAGUGGCUGCGUCUCCUAACGGAUCAGGGAACCCGAACCUCCGUCUUCGAACUUCAAACCCUCCACAUGAGCGACUCGGGGGUCUUCUUCUGUGCCAGCCCCAGGCAGAACGCCACGCCGAUCUCCGUGACCAUCACGCCCGGCUGCCCGGCCGGGGCGUCCAUCGCCGCGGUCCCCAAGGAGCCGGUCGGGGAGGGAGCAUCUGUGUCCCUUUCCUGUACCCCCUGUGGGGCGCAGGGACCCACAUCACCCCCAGCAGGGGGCGCCACGUGGCUACUUAAUGGGAAGCCGCCACCAGACUCCACAGCCCUUCGGAUCCUGAGGUCCAAGGUGACGAUAGAGGGUUUCUCCAGCUCGUUGGAGGGUCUGUGGAGCUGCCGCCUGCCUGGGGAUCCCCCCCGGUCUGGGGACUACUGCCUGGAGCGCGACCUGGGGGGGCACGGGACCCAGGAGAGCCCCCCACCCGGCCCCAUCCCCACCAGUCCAGACACCGGCACCCCAGGCGCUCUCCUGCCUCUGGUCGGGGGCUGCGCGGGGGCUGCUCUGGCCCUGGUCCUCGUGGGCGCCAUUGCUGUAAUUUGCUGCAGGAGGCGCUGGCCGAGGGAUGCCAGCGCGACCCUCCCGGCGACGAAGAUGGACGGAAAGUGGGAACAAUGGGCCGAGCAGCCCGGCCCCACGGAGGCUGGCGGAGCCGAGCAGAAGCCUCCGUCGGCUGACCCCCUGCCUGCUGGCGAGGUAACCAGCCUGGAGUUGGUCCCCUUGGCCUUGUGCAGCGGGGCCAUGAUCGCUCACCACGGUGAAUUUCUUGUUGUACAAAUAGGGUUUAAGCUGCUUGACAGCCCGGACAAUGGCACAACGUUCCUUCUCAAUGGGAGCGUAAAGGGAGCCAAGGACAGGGAAGGAGGAUACGGCCAUCAAGUGAGUUACACGGCAGAGAAAUGGUGGCACUAG